UCAUCUAUUAAUAUAACAUGAUUAGUCCGGCCGUAAAGGGACGAACUGGCAAGAGCAAGCAAAUCUUCUUGUAGCCUAGUAUCAGCAAUGGAGAAAGGAGGGAAAGGGGGUAAAUCCUCUCUCAAAUCAUCGCUAGGAGGAAAGGAUGACGACUCAGCAAAGUCAAAGCGGGGAAGAAAAGUUCAGUUUGAUACUGAAGGUUCACCUAAUGGGGAAUUUAACAUCUUUUCAAAAUCUGCUGGGAAGUUUGAAACCACUUUUGCUAAAGGUGGCUUGGAGAAAGGGGGAAAAGGAGUUUUGGCGGCAAAUGGUGGGAAGGCUUCUUCAGCUAAGGAAGCACUACCACUUGAACUCAGAAUUGAGCACGAGCUUUCAAAGAAUGCCAAAUGCCUGAUGGACUGUGAGGCUGCAUAUAUUUUAGAGGGAAUCCAGGACCAGAUGGUUUUAUUAUCUGCAGAUCCCGCCAUUAAAAUCCCUGUAUCAUUUGACAGGGGGCUGCAGUAUGCCAAAAGCAGUAGCCAUUACUCAGAUCACCAAGCUGUCAGAAAGGUUCUUGACCCUCUAACGGAAUAUGGUGUCACUGAUGGCGAGAUAUGUGUGAUUGCCAACAUUUGUCCUGAAACUAUUGAGGAAAUAUUUGCUCUUGUUCCAUCCUUGAAGGCUAAGAGAAGCAUACUCCGUGCCCCCCUCAAAGAUGUAUUAAUUGAGCUAUCUAAAUUUAAGAAGUCAGAAUGAAGGCCGAGGAAGAGAUUUUAGAAUGCAGGUUACUCUCUUGUUUGUGAACUCACCUGGACCUGGUUGAUGAAGAUGCUACCAUCGUUGAUGAAGCUUUGGCCUGCUAGACAGGCAGCUACAUCUGGCCUUAGAGGGUAGUUAAGAGUAAAUGAAGUUAGGAGUUGUGUGUUCAUAUAUUUUCUAAACAUUCCUGCAAGAGCAUGUAAUGAGUUUUCUUUUGUUGAGCAAAACAUUAUAUACUACAUCUAUUGCAGGACCUGGGAGUUUGCAUAGAAUAAUAUUGUUUAAGAGUUUUACUCACUAAUGAAAAGCCGUUUUUAUAA